AUGCAAGACAAACAGGAAACAAUAACUAAUGAAGAAGUAAUGAAACAAGUGGUUACGAUGAAGGCCCUUACUGAAAAUCUUCUCGCAUCAAAUGAACUCAAACAACAAUUUGACGCAAAUGUUGCCGCAGCCAUGGCGGUGGCUACAAAUGUUGCCGAAAAUACACAAAGUGUAGAAGAAGAAGUUAUAUCUCAACCACCAACCGAAAAAAACGAUAUAAUUCCUUCACUUCCUUCAUCAGAAAAUUUGAACUCACCACCUACUACUAUUCAAACUACACCAUCAUCUCGUCAAACUUCUAGAGUACCAUCCCGUGCACCGUCCCGUGCACCAUCUCGUGUUCCAUCCAGAGCUACUUCUCGAGCACCAUCAAGAGCACCAUCAUCUUCUAGACCAGUAUCUCGUACUGUAUCGCCAGCCCAGACUCCAAUCUCGUUAUCGAGAUCAUCAUCUAAAUAUAAAAUUGAUCACCCAACAUCAGAAUAUAACCAUGAUAUUCCAAAAAUAGAUGAGGGAAGUGAUGAAGAUCUUGAAAAUAACGAUCCCUCAUUUAAUAAGAUGCGUGAUUUAUUAAAUUCAUUAAUACAUGAAGCCACGGAAGCA